AUGGCUAUGAGAGAGUACAUAGAGGAGUUUUUUGACCUCCUGUCUCUACGAUGUAGAGUGAAGAAGGGAGACAAGAGGGCAAUAUUCGAGCUGACUUUUUCUGAGCACGAAUUGCAUUUGUGUUUGACGGACAGCAUAGAAGCAGCAUACCGUAUUGCUUUGAGGGUCGAAGGACCUACUGGUUCAGCCAAGAAUCAGAAACCGAAUAAAGGAAGCGAAGAUAAGAGUGAAAAUAUGCCGUGGAGAAGAGCUUACUUACUUAUGAGCAAAAAGGGAAGACGAAGUCGCAGGAGAUUCGGUAGAGGAGAUGGAGCUGGUAAAGGUGACCAGCAGGGAGAUCAGGUUCGCCUUCAUCGGGUUUGGACGUUCAGCUGUUCAAGGGAGUUUUGCAGGGAAUGCUGA